CUCAGGACAUACUCCUGCAUCGAGCCAACGGGAGAGCCUCCAGUUCUCUUUAAGUGGAGACUUUCAAAAGACUGUUGUUAGCCAUAUGCUGUUGUCACACUGUCUGGUAUCCCAGUGGACCAGAGCCCAGGGACCCUGAGAAAGGCCGCAGAUGAAGAUGGCAAGCACCCGCUGCAAACUGGCCAGAUACCUGGAGGACCUGGAGGAUGUGGACUUCAAGAAAUUCAAAAUGCAUCUGGAAGACUAUCCUCCUCAAAAGGGCUGCGUCUCGCUCCCGCGGGGCCAGACAGAGAAAGCAGACCACGCGGAUCUGGCCACCCUGAUGAUCGAUUUCAACGGGGAGGAGAAGGCAUGGGCCAUGGCCGUGUGGAUUUUUGCUGCAAUCAACAGGAGAGACCUUUAUGAGAAAGCUAAGAGGGAUGAGCCAGAGUGGGAUAAUGCACAUGUUUCUAAUCCCCCUGUGAUAUGCCACGAAGAGAGCAUUGAAGAAGAGUGGAUGGGUUUACUGGGGUACCUUUCCAGAAUCUCUAUUUGUAAAACGAGGAAAGAUUACUGCAAGCAGUACAGAAAACACAUGAAGAGCAGAUUCCAGUGUAUCGAAGACAGGAACGCCCGCCUGGGUGAGAGCGUGAACCUCAACAAACGCUACACGCGGCUGCAGCUCGUCAAGGAGCACCCGAGCCAGCAGGAGAGGGAGCACGAGCUCCUGGCCAUAGGCAGGACCAAGACGUGGGACAAGCCCGUGAGUCCCAUUAAGAUGGAGCUGCUGUUUGAUCCCGACGAUGAACACUCCGAGCCUGUGCACACGGUGGUAUUUCAGGGAGCGGCAGGCAUUGGGAAAACAAUACUGGCCAGGAAGAUCAUGUUGGACUGGGCGUCGGGGAAGCUCUACCAAGACAGGUUUGACUAUCUGUUCUACAUCCACUGUCGGGAGGUGAGCCUGGUGACACGGAGGAGUCUGAGGGACCUGAUCGUUAGCUGCUGCCCUGACCCAAACCCACCUGUGCAGAAGAUCAUAAGCAAGCCCUCCAGGAUCCUCUUCCUCAUGGAUGGCUUUGAUGAGCUGCAGGGUGCCUUUGACGAGCACGUGGGGGCACUCUGCACCGACUGGCAGAAGGCCGAGCGCGGGGACAUUCUCCUGAGCAGCCUCAUCAGGAAGAAGCUACUUCCCGAGGCCUCUCUGCUCAUUACCACAAGACCCGUGGCCCUGGAGAAACUGCAGCACCUGCUGGACCAUCCCCGUCACAUAGAGAUCCUGGGUUUCUCAGAGGCCAAAAGGAAGGAGUAUUUCUUCAAGUACUUCUCAGACGAGGCGCAAGCCAGGGAAGCCUUCAGACUGAUCCAGGAGAACGAGGUCCUCUUCACCAUGUGCUUUAUCCCCCUGGUCUGCUGGAUUGUGUGCACUGGCCUGAAGCAGCAGAUGGAGAGUGGCAAGAGUCUUGCCCAGACGUCCAAGACCACCACUGCGGUGUACGUCUUCUUCCUUUCCAGUCUGUUGCAGUCCCGGGGAGGCAGCCAGGAGCACCCCCUCUCCCACCACCUUCGGGGGCUCUGCUCUUUGGCCGCAGAUGGAAUCUGGAACCAGAAAAUCCUCUUUGAGGAGUCUGACCUCCGGAAUCACGGCCUGCAGAGGGUGGAUGUGUCCACUUUCCUAAGGAUGAACCUGUUCCAGAAGGAAGUGGACUGCGAGAAGUUCUACAGCUUCGUCCACAUGACUUUCCAGGAGUUCUUCGCUGCCAUGUACUACCUGCUGGAAGAGGAGGAAGAGGGAGGGCUGCGGACCGCGCGGGGGAGUCGUUCAAAGCUUCCGAACCGAGAUGUGACGGUCCUUCUUGAAAACUAUGGCAAGUUCGAGAAGGGGUAUUUGAUUUUUGUUGUCCGUUUCCUCUUUGGCCUUGUAAACCAGGAGAGGACCUCCUACUUGGAGAAGAAACUAAGUUGCAAGAUCUCUCAGCAGAUCAGGCUGGAGCUGCUGAAAUGGAUAGAAGUGAAAGCCAAGGCCAAGAAGCUGCAGAUCCAGCCCAGCCAGCUGGAAUUGUUCUACUGCUUGUACGAGAUGCAGGAGGAGGAUUUUGUGCAAAGGGCCAUGAACCACUUCCCCAAAAUUGAGAUCAAUCUCUCCACCAGAAUGGACCAUGUGGUUUCUUCUUUUUGUAUUGCAAACUGUCGUAGUGUACGAUCACUUUCCCUGGGAUUUCUUCAUAACACGCCCAAGGAGGAAGACGACGAGGAGGAGGAAGGUCGAUACCUUGACAUGGUCCGGUGUGUCCUCCCAGGUCCUCAUGCUGCCUGUUCUCAUCGAUUGGUGAACUGCUAUCUCACUUCCAACUUUUGCCGGGGCCUUUUCUCGGUUCUAAGCACCAACCAGAGCCUAACUGAGUUGGACCUGAGUGACAACACUCUGGGGGACCCAGGGAUGAGGGUGUUGUGUGAAACGCUCCGGGAUCCCGGCUGUAACAUUCAGAGACUGUGGUUGGGGCGGUGCGGCCUUUCCCAUCAGUGCUGCUUCGACAUCUCCUUGGUCUUGAGCAGCAACCAGAAGCUGCUAGAAUUGGACCUGAGCGACAAUGCCCUGGGAGACUUUGGAAUCAGACUGUUGUGUGUGGGACUGAAGCAUCUGUUCUGCAACCUGGAGAAGCUCUGGUUGGUGAGCUGCUGCCUCACGGCUGCGUGUUGCCAGGAUCUCGCCUCCGUCCUGAGCACCAGUCGCUCCCUGACGAGACUCUAUAUGGGGGAAAAUGCCCUGGGAGACUCGGGAGUCGGAAUUCUAUGUGAAAACGCCAAGCAGCCACAGUGUAAGCUGCAGAAGCUGGGGCAUUCUGGGGGCUCCGUGACGGUAGCAGUGAGUAACGCAGACCGAGACCCCGUUUCCGCAAACACGCAUUCUUACAGGGAGGGGACGGCACACGCUAGACCACACACCAGCAGAGCAGUGUGCGAUACAGAGACGCUCUGCAGCAAAAACUGGAGUGACAGCGAGGGCUGCUUCUUCGCCCAGGGUCGGCGGAUGGCUCUCGGGCAGGUGGCAUGGCGCGGGCCCCAGAUGAAGCGUGAGCAGGAGCCGCGACGGAGCGGGGAAGAGCACUGCAGGCGGAGCAGGCAGAACUGAGAGGCCGGGGCACGGGCGCUCGGCUGAGCCUCGGGACCCUGGUUCCAACUGUCGUGGAUCCGCCCCAGUCCUUAUCUUAGCUGCCAUCUGCUGCCUUUAAUUCGUCUCACUUCCUCUUUCAACGCCUUCCUCUCUCUGUGUUUGGGUCACUGCUCAGUCUCUCCUGCCGAUGUGACAGCUCUCCCUUCCCUGGACUCUGCGUUCGCUUCUCUUCCUGCCGUCUGGGGAUUUCGCCCCUGGUGUUCUUUGCUUUACUAAACGUUUCCACAUUCCCUGGGAUCUCUCAUACACCCCUCAGCUUCAAAAACAGCCUAUAGACAGGUGGCUCCCCAAACAGGUCUCAAACCCAGAUAUCGCUCACGAACCUUUUAUUACAAAGUCACACACGCUUAGUGUAAACGUAUCAUAAUGUACACAAAGUAAAAACUGGAAGCUCCUUCUCAGCCCACCUCUGAGAGAGCCAUUUACAAUAGUCUGGUGAACAACCAUCCAGGCAUUUGUUAUAAAAUGGAUUGUUACACAGUCCAUCCAUCCAUCUGUUCAUCCAUCCAUCUAUCCGUUCUAAUACACUUUAUAUGGUGUUUUAAAUGACCUAGUUUGCUAGGGUCUUGCUCUGU